UUGACCUGUCAACGUGUAGAACAAAAAAAAAAAAUUUUCUGAUCGAUGGUGCGUCUUGCAAUUUCAUCGUGUCUUCGCGAAAUUUUUUCCCAAGAUUUUGUUUGAUUAGUGCAUUGCUGUGGCGUUAUUUCUCCCGUCAAGAUAGUGGUAAUCUGAAUUUACGUGCAAUUUGCCGUCCGGUCGCACGAAUCGCAGGAGAUGUCCGGGGCGAACAUUACACGCAACGAGGUCGCGCAGUUUGUGCUGCGAAUUUCGCUGGUUUCAAUCGUAACCUACUAUUCGGCCAAAUGGCUUAUGAAAAAUCUGGAUCCGACCAACAAGAGCAAGAAGAAAGCCAUGGAGAAGGCGGAAGAUAUCCUGCGGAAACUUAGUCCCAACAUGAACAAGUCUGCGGUGACGAAUCUUAACGACUACGAGCUGGUAAUCGCCUCACAUUUGGUAGUUCCGGAGAACAUCGGUGUCAGUUGGGACAGCAUUGCCGGGUUGGAUCAUGUCUGUCAGGAAAUCAAAGAGAGUCUUGUGUUUCCUGUCUGCCAUCGUGAGAUGUUUUCGGCGUCAUCGCUGUACCAAGCACCGAAAGGAGUUCUACUUUAUGGACCACCUGGUUGCGGUAAGACACUGAUUGCGAAGGCCACCGCCAAGGAAGCUGGAAUGCGUUUCAUAAAUCUGGACGUAGCCAUGCUAACUGACAAGUGGUACGGUGAAUCGCAGAAGCUGGCGUCGGCCGUUUUUUCGCUGGCCGUAAAAAUUCAGCCUUGCAUUAUCUUUAUCGACGAAAUCGAUUCGUUCUUGCGGGCGCGUAAUUCAUCCGACCACGAAGCGACUGCUAUGAUGAAGACACAAUUUAUGAUGCUGUGGGAUGGUUUGGUUACUGAAUCCAACUCAACGGUCAUCGUCAUGGGUGCCACCAAUCGGCCUCAGGAUUUGGACAAGGCCAUUCUUCGUCGGAUGCCGGCACAGUUCCACAUCGGCCUUCCUAAUGAAGAGCAGCGGUUGAAGAUUUUGCAGCUCAUCUUGCGACAGGAAAGGAUUUCUCGCGAUGUUGAUUUUAUUCAACUUGCCAGAAUGACUGACCGUUAUUCCGGUUCUGACUUACGUGAGAUGUGUCGGAACGCAUCCGUCUAUCGGAUCCGGAAAAUCAUGCGGGAAAAGAGCAAGGAAAUGGCUGCUGCUGCUGUCGCCAAUGGUGUUGCAAAUGGAAAUUGUAGGAUAGGUUCGCCGGUUGGAUCACCUAUGCUGGAGGAACCGCCGGCAAUCAAUAUGGAAGACCUGACCGAAUCGUUGCGGAAUAUGAGAAAUUCAAAGUAUAAUUCCGGUCACAUAAACGAUGCUCGCAUAGAUUUAGAUUAAUGUGUGCUUUUCAAGUUUAGCUUUUAGCCAAUCGUAUCAGGACGCUUAUUUAGGAAUGUUUAAAUUUUCGAAUGUUAUGUUCCAGAGCUGUGCGAUCUUAUUAUGUACUCUUUCCGGUGUCCCGGCAGGUCGGGCAGCUGAAAUGUCCUGAUUUUCCUUAAAGACUUUUAUUUUUUGGCACAACAUUUUACGCUAGUUACUGUGAAAGUAUGUUUAAAAAUCAAUUAUAAAUUAUUACAAGUGAAAUAUAAAAACAUCAAAAGGUAAGAGUAUAAUAACUAGCUUUCAUUAGUCAGUAAGACACUGAAGUCGGUAGAAAAAAGAAAAAAAAACUAAACUAUUACAGUCAAGUAGCUCGUAGAUCUUAAACUAUUACGGGGGAAAUGAUUUUGUUCCAAUGGAAAAAGAAAUGUUAGAAUUACGAAGGUUUGGUCACUUUCGUUGCAAGUGUGAGUGAAACUGGAAUUUAUUAUGAUUUAACUUUAAGGCAAGUAGUUAAGAACCUAUUCUAGUUAUGUAGGAACUGAUUCAAUAAAGAUCGAAUAACCCAUUUCUGUUGCAA